UGGGUGACAAUACGAGAAAAUUUCUCAGACAUCCUCUGCCUGCAUACCAGUGAAAAAAAAAAGUGUUUUUAAAGCAAUAUUCUAAAAUGUUUGGUGGUGUUUUUACCAUAUCAUUUUCUCCUCCACUAUCCCCAAAUUGUGGAAUUUCAAAAAAUAAAAAAAAAUCUAUUGAAAAGUCCAAACUUUUGGAGGCUGGACACGCCCCGAGUAUGAAAUGUGGUAAUGAGAAAAGUCUACCUAUCAUCCAACGAUUACGGUCAUCUGAAAUGCAGCGCAAAAAACAUGUCUUAUAAUCAUCUCAGUGAACUUUCAAGAUUAAGUUGUGAAGAAGAAAGGCCGGGAACAUCUGGUCCGGUUACGUGAUUCCGGUUCUACUGGUCGAUGUCCCCCACCCCCCCUUGGACAUCUCCCGCCUGGCAACAGAGAUUUUGAUUGAAGACUAUCUUUAUCAGAAAAAUGGCUGAAGAACCAAAAGGGCUCACCAAAGAGGAGGCCAAUGCUUGCUGCACUGAACCUCAUGAAUCCACUAAGGAUUUUGUCUUCCAGCAAACAAUGUUUCGUAUUAAGGACCCCAAAGCAUCACUCAAUUUUUACUCCAGAGUUUUGGGAAUGCGUCUCCUCAACAAACUAGAUUUUCCUUCCAUGAAGUUUUCUCUUUACUUUUUUGGUUAUGAGUUAGCUAGUGAUAUUCCAGCAAAUGAAGAUGAGAGAACAGCAUGGAGUUUUUCAAGAAAGGCAACACUGGAACUUACACACAACUGGGGCACUGAAAACGAUCCAGAAUUCAAGGGUUACCAUAAUGGUAACAGUGAUCCCAGAGGUUUUGGUCAUAUUGGUAUUAUGGUACCAGAUGUCGACAAGGCCUGUGAGAGGUUUGAAUCUCUUGGGGUAAAAUUUGUAAAGAAACCAAGUGAUGGCAAAAUGAGAAACCUUGCUUUCAUUCAAGACCCAGAUGGAUACUGGAUUGAGAUCCUGAAUGCUGGUAAAAUGGGGGAGACUAUAAAAGCCUUUUUAUAAACUUACAUAUUUAGUUUGAAUUCAGUUUGUUGUUGGUAAUAUUUCCAGAUGUUUUGUUAUAACACCAAUUGUAGGAUGUUGUAUUGUUAUAGCAUAAGUUAUGUAAUUUUCAUUGUCUAUUAUGACAAGUUUUAGUACUGAAUUAUGAAUUGAUUUAACUGAUUCUCUGAAUGAAUGCAACAUCAGUAUUUUUGUAGUGGUAUAUGAAUAGACUGGUAAUUUUGUGAAGUAUUAUAGUAUGAAAAGUUUUUGAAAUUUAAUUUGACAUGUUCAUUUGAUAUAUGGGUAAGUUUCCAUACAUUACAUCAUCAUGACUUGAUAAGUAUACCAUAUUUACCAGAAUAGGGGACACCCCAGUUUUGUGGCAACAUUCUGGAAGAAUUCAAAAUACCACCCUUUUCCUUAAUAUUCAUAGGUCUUCUCACUGUUGGUUGAUUUUAAGCUUUCUACCUACCUCCAUUCAAAUAUAACUAUAUAAAGAAGAAGUAGUGAAACCUGUAUUUGUAGGCAUGUUACAGUUUUCCCUGUCAAACAUUAAUUUCUGCUAUAGAAACUUUAAUCCUGUUCAAGAUAUAAUUCAUGAGUAUUGUUACUGCACUAGGAGAAAUGAUCAUAACAGCCACACAGCACAUCAUAUAAACCUUUGUUUUAUUAACCUAAAGACACUUUCCCCACAUAACACAUUACUGAUACAUGCUGUAAUUUUAUUAGAGAUUUAUUAGCAUUAUUGAUAUUUUUGCUGUUUGGUAUACAAAAAAUCUUAAUUACGACUUCAAAAGAAAAUAUGCUUACUGGAACGUAAACAUUCGUAUGAAUUUGGUUUUGGUUAGCCUAAAAUCUUCCACUAUCUCACAGCUAUGCUGCAAAUAUAAUGUAAUUUAUGUCAAUAAAAGAUAUUUUACA